UUUUCAUUUGGACCACUAACUGAGACACACGUCAUUCUAGGUGGCGUUUGAACUGUCACAGAAGCACUUUUCACAUUCUGUGUCUUCUUCUUCUUCUGCUAUGAGUACGAGUUCCCGACCCCUGUCACCAAGCAAUUUCAGGGAUCUCUUCGAUUCCGUGGAAGCUUUUCUUUUCGAUUGCGACGGUGUCAUUUGGAAGGGCGAUGAACUCAUCCAAGGCGUUUCGCAGACUCUCCAAAUGCUUCGCUCCAAGGGAAAGAAGCUCGUCUUCGUCACCAACAAUUCCUGGAAGUCGCGCUCUCAGUAUGCUCAAAAGUUUCAAUCCUUAGGAAUUUCCGUUUCCCAGGACGAGAUAUUCUCCUCGUCGUUUGCGGCUGCUAUGUACUUGAAGGCCAAGGAUUUCCCUUCACAAAACAAGGUUUAUGUGAUUGGUGGGGAGGGUAUACUGGAGGAGUUGCGGCUUGCUGGCAUUACAGCUUUUGGUGGACCAGAGGAUGCAAAUAAAACAAUAGACCUGAAGCAGAACUGCUUUGUUGAGCAUGAUAAGAGUGUUGGAGCUGUAGUGGUUGGUAUAGAUCCAAACAUUAACUAUUACAAGCUUCAGUACGGAACCCUUUGCAUACGAGAAAAUCUAGGAUGCCUUUUUAUUGCCACCAACCGUGAUGCAGUUGGACAUAUGACAGCUUUGCAAGAAUGGCCUGGUGCGGGUUGUAUGGUUGCUGCUAUAUGUGGAUCAACCCAGAAGGAGCCUGUUGUGGUGGGGAAACCAUCAACCUUUAUGAUGGAGUUUUUACUUAAGAAAUUCAACGUAAGUUGCUCCAAGAUGUGCAUGGUGGGUGAUAGACUAGAUACUGAUAUUUUGUUUGGACAAAAUGCUGGUUGCAAAACACUUCUAGUUCUUUCAGGUGUCACAACUCAGUCAGCUUUACAGGACCCUUCAAAUAAUAUCCAACCUGAUUACUAUACAAAUACAAUUUCUGACAUGCUUGACUUAUCAAAAGCAUGAAUGGGUUCUUCCCAAUUUAGACAUUCUUUUACACCCAUAUCAUCGAGAGUACUGUUCUAUUUAAUUUUUUCACAAUCUAAUUAUAACUUAUAUCUGGAUCUCUCUGUUACAUCACUUCGUUGUGAGGUGAUUUGCACUAAGCAUUAAUAGAAGAGACAUUGGUUGUUCUCCUUUGAGAAGCAGAACUAUUUUAUAAUUGCUCUGUAUACUCAUUUCGUUGCAGAAUAUAAGUCACGACGAGGGGAAAUUACUCGUUCUGGCAUUUCAAUAAAUGAGGCAUUGUAAUGCAAGUUUUGAUAUUUCUAA